AUGGUACAGUCAAAGUUGCAAGAAUGGUUUCCCUGGACCACCGCGCCCGUCAUCAUCAACGCGCCGAUGAUAGGCGUCGCCUGUCCGAAGCUCGCCGCUGAAGUGAGCAAAGCAGGUGGCAUCGGCCUCAUCUCGUGCCUAGUCAACGUCAGCGAGGGCUCUCCCGAGCUCACCAAAGCCCACGACGACCUCGCCGCCGUGCGGCAGCUUCUCGAGCCCACCUACCCCGCCUCCCCCUACCACCCACUGCCCGCCGGCAUGGGCUGCAUCACCGGCCACGAGAGCGUCUCCCAGUUCGUCGAGACGGUGGUCCCCAUCAUCGCCGCGCAGAAGCCUGCCGCGCUGUGGCUCUUCGCGCCGGACGGCAACAUCCGGCCGCACGGGCGCAUCAUCGCCGCCGUGAGGGAGCUGCUGCCGGCGGAGGGCCGCCCGCGGGUGUUCGUGCAGGUGGGCACCGUGGCGGCGGCGCGCGAGGCCGUGGCGGACGGCGCGGACGUGGUCGUCUGCCAGGGGGUCGACGCCGGCGGGCACCAGUUCCGCAGGGGUGCGGGCGUGGUCAGCCUGGUGCCGGAGGUGCGCCGCAUGCUGGCGGAGGAGUUUGCGGGCCGGGAGGUGGCACUCGUGGCGGCGGGAGGUAUCGUGGACGGCAAAGGCGUCGCUGCGGCCUUGGCUCUUGGCGCGGAUGGUGUGGUCAUGGGCACUAGAUUUACCGUGUCGGAUGAGUCGGUAUACCCCGACUUCCGCAAGGCACAGGUCCUCAAUGCCACUGACGGCGGCUUCUCUACAGUCAAGUCGCCCUUCAACGACCAGAUCAACAACAGCAAGCUCUGGGGUCCGCUGUACGAUGGGCGCGCCAUCGUCUCCGAGAUCCACGAGGGGUUCCUCGCCGGGGCCACGGUGGAGGAGUGCCAGGAGGCGCUGAAGCAGGUGUCGCCGCCGGAGGAGGCCACCAAGCUGAUUAACACGUGGGCCGGAACGGGAGUCGGCCUGGUGAGAACAGGAGGCCCGGCUGGCCAGAUCAUCAAAGAUAUUCGUCGCGAGACCAAGGAGACGAUUCAGGCGCUGGCCAAGCUGGUCUAG